AUGAAUUCGCGAAACAUUCGCAGGAAUUCCUGGCAGACUAGGAAUAGCACUCGCGCUGAAGCUCACGGGAGUCCGGUUAUUCAAUCAAUUCCGACAUUUCCUUCAGAAUCAAAGUCGAAACCCCGGGCUUUGAGGGAUCCCUGUAAUUUACUAGGUGAAGUGUACAAUGAAUUCGCUCAAGAGUCUUCGAUCCAUGGAAUCAAGUACACGGGCCGAAAUAAAUCGAUUGCGGAGCGGAUAUUCUGGCUGUUCCUCAUCAUCCUGUCGGUAAUAGCAGCUGGCGCGCUGGCUCAGAAGUUCUAUUACAGGCAUAAACAAGCGAAUAUGAGGACAUUAGUUAUAUCGAACCAGUAUCCCGCGUGGAAAAUUCCACUUCCAGCAAUAACAAUAUGCCAUCCAACUGUUGCGAGUGCCAACAGACUCAAUAAAUACAUGAGUGAAGGGAACAAAUUAGAGAUGCCUCCAGGAUUGGAAUGGAACCAUUUUCUGAAUGAUUUGCAAUUUCUCCAGGAGCUAUAUAUCCCAACAAACCACUCGCAGAGUGCAAUGCACCGCCUCAACAGGAUCGUCACCCACAACAACCUGACAAUAACCGAAUUCGUGACAAUAGUGAGCCCGUCCUGUGACGAUUACAUCGUCCUGUGUCAAGCGCAGGGUGAGAUAAAGCCCUGUCGCAACUAUCUAAAAAUUUCCACCACAGCUUACGGUCUCUGCUGCUCAGCGAAUUACGCCCAUGUGUUCACAGAGCAAAAAUCAUCCCAAAAGGAGUACUACAGUCCCAAUUUCGGUCAAAGCUACAUCUUCUCAGUUAUCCUCAAGAGUUACGGUCCCAACGACAGAAUAUCAGGAUUAUCCUACGGUGAGGGUGCGAGAGUACUGAUCCACGAUCGUCACACCUAUCCGGGCCCCUCGGCUCGUGAAUUCAUUGCGCGUCAAAGGUGUGAAGUGAUAGCGUCUAUUCGGGGUCGCAAACUCACAGCCAGCCCCGAAGUACUGGAUCUGUCCGAGAAGGAACGCGAUUGCCGGGUCAGUGGAUCCAGGAGUAACAUCUACAGACACGACAAUUGCUUGGCAAGUUGUCACGAAAUGAUGUUCAGGUCCUUCUGCCAUUGUGUGCCCUUUUAUGCGUCCGUUGUGAUGGAGAAUGAUACAAUUUGUAAUUUUUCACACGUGCCCUGCGUGUCCAGAGUGAGGAGCCGAAUUUUACAGACACCUUUCAGGGGAUAUCCUUGCUAUUGUCUUCCGGACUGCUCUGGCACUAGCUAUCCGUUGACCACCACUCUCGUACAUAUGAAUGCUCUACAGUACAAUCCAUCGAUAUUCUACAGAAUUGCUGAGAAAUAUCCAAAUGCUACGGCCAUUCACGUCACAUUUGCCCGGCAAACUGCGACGCUGAUGAGACGAGAUCUAGUUCUGUCUUGGAUCAAUUUAAUAUCUUCCCUGGGGGGAGUUUUCAGUCUUUUCCUCGGGUGCAGCUUCAUCUCAGUUGUCGAGGUCCUCUAUUUUAUCAUGUACUACAUCUCGAAAGUGAUAGACAGGCGGGCGACACAUUUGCCGCAAACAUGAACUUUAUUCCCAACUCCCUCACUCCACGGAUGAAAAAAUUUAAUAGAAAAAGUCAAAAUUCGAAAUUUCCAAGU